AUGGGAGAAGAUGAGAUUUAUACGAAUGAUGGGACCAUUGAUAUCCACAAAAAUCCUGCUAAUAAGAAGGAAACUGGGAAUUGGAAGGCAUGCCGCUUCAUCCUUGGGACUGAAUGUUGUGAGAGGUUGGCAUACUAUGGCAUGAGUACCAAUCUGGUGAACUAUCUUCAGAUUCGCCUCAACCAGGGAAAUGUCACUGCAUCAAACAAUGUUACAAACUGGUCAGGAACCUGCUAUAUCACACCGUUGAUUGGGGCUUUCUUAGCUGAUGCCUACUUGGGAAGAUACUGGACAAUUGCCGGUUUCUCUAUCCUCUAUGUUUUUGGGAUGACACUAUUGACAUUGUCUUCUUCUGUCAAUGGAUUAAAGCCAGUGUGUGAUAAGGAUGGUUGCCACCCAACUGUAUCACAAACUGCAGUUUGCUUUUUAGCCUUGUAUUUAAUUGCUCUUGGAACUGGUGGAAUCAAACCAUGUGUCUCAUCCUUCGGUGCUGAUCAAUUUGAUGAAACUGAUGAAACCGAGAAGAAAAAGAAGAGUUCUUUCUUCAAUUGGUUCUACCUUUCGAUCAAUAUAGGUGCACUCAUUGCUUCAUCAGUCUUGGUCUGGAUACAAAUGAAUGUGGGCUGGGGAUGGGGAUUUGGAAUUCCAGCAGCUGCAAUGGCCAUUGCAAUUGUGUUUUUCUUCUCAGGCACCCGUUUGUACCGGUUCCAGAAACCUGGAGGGAGCCCCCUGACACGGCUUGUCCAGGUGCUAGUUGCAUCCAUGAGAAAAUUUAAUGUGAAAGUCCCUGCUGAUAAAUCUCUUCUUCAUGAGACUGCUAGUCUGGAAUGUAACAUCCAAGGAAGCCGCAAGCUCGAGCACACUGAAAAAUUCAGAUUUUUUGACAAGGCUGCUGUGGAGAUUGAAACUGAUCAAAUCAAGGGUAUUAUGAGUCCAUGGAGACUCUGUACAGUGACUCAAAUCGAGGAGCUCAAGUCCAUCAUCCGCCUGCUCCCUGUGUGGGCAACUGGAAUAGUUUUUGCCACUGUGUAUGGUCAAAUGAGCACCAUGUUUGUCCUUCAAGGCAACACUCUGGACCAGCAUAUUGGGCCUCAUUUCGAAAUUCCAUCAGCUUCCCUCUCACUCUUUGACACCGUCAGUGUCAUCUUCUGGACGAUUAUAUAUGACAGAAUCAUCAUCCCUUGUGCAAGAAAGUUCACUGGCCACGAACGAGGCUUCACUCAGCUCCAACGCAUGGGCAUUGGCCUUGUCAUUUCCAUUUUUGCCAUGGCUGCUGCCGGGAUUUUUGAGGUCAUUCGACUUGCCAGUGUGAGGAAGAAUAACUACUAUGAUCUUGAGCAUAUUCCCAUGACAAUCUUCUAUCAAGUCCCACAAUAUAUACUAAUUGGAUGUGCUGAAGUCUUCACUUUCAUCGGACAAUUAGAGUUCUUCUAUGACCAGGCACCCGAUGCCAUGAGAAGCUUGUGCUCGGCUCUCUCUCUUACUACUGUUGCAUUGGGGAACUACUUGAGCACUGUGCUUGUAACCAUUGUGACUAAAAUAACCACGAGACAUGGGAAGCUUGGAUGGAUUCCGGAUAACUUGAACAGGGGCCAUCUUGACUAUUUCUACUGGCUUUUGGCCAUCCUCAGCCUGCUUAAUUUCUUUGUGUACCUUUGGAUUGCAAAGUGGUACACUUACAAGAAGGUGACUGCAAAACCUCAGUGACGCAGUGAACAAAUAUCAAUUAAAACAGGGCAUGUGUUCACUACUUAGUACUUACUCUACUCUUGCCUAGUUUCGUAAAGAUGGAAGUCUAUGAAUAUGGAUUGGGAUUAUAAGUCUAGUGUUGUUAAUUUGAUCGAGACUAGUAUUAUUUAACCUCCUGUUUAAAUUUUU